AUGGCCCGAGCCCCAGCCCUGGUCCUGCUCCUGCUCGGGCAGCUCCUGGCCGGGACGCAGGUGGCCGAGGCGCAGAAAAUGGGACCGCGCGGCCCCCCUGGCCCCCAAGGGCCGCCUGGGAAGCCGGGCAAGGACGGCAUUGAUGGACCGAAAGGGGCCACGGGGAAGCCGGGGAAGCCGGGAGAGGCCGGCCUGCCCGGGCUGCCGGGCGUGGACGGUCUGACCGGGCGGGAAGGACCACCUGGACCCAAGGGGGCCCCCGGAGAACGGGGAGAGGCAGGAGUCAGCGGGCUCCCAGGCGGACUCGGCCUCCGGGGCCCCCCGUGCCCAGCCGUCUGUCCGCCAGGGCCCCCUGGCCCCCCAGGAAUGCCAGGGUUCAAGGGACCCACUGGCUACAAAGGGGACCAAGGAGAAGUCGGCAAGGACGGCGAGAAGGGUGACCCCGGCCCCCCUGGGCCCCCCGGCCUCCCCGGCACAGUGGGGCUGCAGGGCCCGCGGGGUCUCCGAGGACUGCCAGGGCUGCUCGGGCCUCCCGGGGACCGGGGUCCCAUCGGGUUCCGAGGACCCCCCGGGAUCCCAGGAGGCCCUGGGAAAGCGGGUGACAGAGGCGAGAGGGGCCCGGAUGGGUUCCGUGGCCCCAAGGGCGACCUCGGCAGACCGGGCCCCAAAGGAGCCCCCGGCGUGGCCGGGCCGGUCGGAGAGCCGGGCAUGCCAGGCAAGGACGGCCGGGACGGCGUGCCAGGGCUGGAUGGCGAGAAGGGAGAGGCUGGCCGCAGCGGCGCCCCAGGAGAGAAGGGCCCCAACGGGCUGCCGGGCCUCCCUGGAAGAGCAGGGGCCAAGGGUGAGAAGGGAGAGCUGGGCCGAGCUGGAGAGCUGGGCGAGGCCGGCCCCUUAGGAGAGCCCGGCGUCCCGGGAGACGUGGGCGUGCCCGGGGAGCGCGGCGAGGCCGGCCACAGGGGCUCCGCGGGGGCUCUUGGCCCGCAAGGCCCUCCCGGGGCUCCUGGCAUCCGAGGCUUCCAGGGCGCCAAGGGCAACGUGGGGGACCCCGGCCUGCCAGGCCCCCAGGGCCUCCGCGGCGGCAUGGGCGACCGGGGCCCGGAAGGAGCCACCGGCCCCAAGGGCGACCAGGGCAUCGCCGGUUCCGACGGCCUUCCCGGGGACAAAGGCGAGCCGGGACCCAGCGGCCCCGUCGGCCCCAAAGGAGAGCCCGGCAGUCGAGGGGAGCCGGGCCCGAAAGGCAUCCAGGGUCCCAACGGCACCAGCGGCGUGGAGGGCGUCCCGGGCUCCCCCGGGCCCGUGGGCCUCCAGGGCGUGCAAGGCGUGCCUGGCAUCACCGGGAAGCCCGGAGUCCCGGGGAAAGAGGCCAGUGAGCAGCACAUCCGGGAGCUGUGCGGGGGCAUGAUCAGCGAACAAAUCGCACAGCUGGCUGCUCAGCUGAGGAAGCCGUUAGCGCCAGGAGCCAUCGGUCGGCCCGGACCUGCGGGCCCCCCGGGCCCCCCCGGGCCCCCGGGUUCCAUUGGUCACCCCGGCGCUCGGGGGCCGCCUGGAUAUCGUGGCCCCACCGGAGAGCUGGGAGACCCCGGACCCAGAGGGCAGCCAGGUGACAGAGGGGACAAGGGCGCGGCCGGCGUGGGCCUGGACGGGCCCGACGGGGACCAGGGGCUGCCAGGACCGCAAGGCGUGCCUGGCGUCGGCAAAGACGGCCAAGACGGGGCCCACGGUGAGCCCGGGCCGCCCGGAGACCCCGGCCUUCCCGGCGCUGUCGGCGCCCAGGGGACCCCCGGCAUCUGCGACACCUCGGCCUGCCAGGGGGCCGUGAUGGCCGACGGGGAGAAGUCGGGUCCCAGGAGCUCCUAG